CUAGGAAAGCUUAUCAUUUCUCUUUAACGAUUAGUUGUCAUUUGACUUCAGGUACAUUAAAUCGUUCAAUCAGUUCCGUCCUCAGCAUAUUGAAAAUUAAAUGGAGUUUUCGUUAUUCGAUUAUAUAGAUACCUCGACACUGCCAUUUAAAAACCCAAUGAAAAUGUUAUAACACAGUGAAAAUGGCUGAGAAUAAGAACGUCGAUGACGUGAAACAAGAGAUAAAUGAUCCAAUUAGUGAGGUUGAAAUAGGCCAAGAAACUGAAGCAGAUUACUAUGCCUUAAAGAAAUGGGAGCUAGGGUUUUUAAGGAGAGAAUGUGUGAAUUUAGGCCUAGAGGCAUUCUACAACAAGUACAUGGCAAGAGUACAGCGAAGCUACUUAUCAAUAUUCGUGGUACUACAGACUUUCAUAAGUAUAGCUCACGUAGUGGUAAUAGUAACAGGAGAACAACACCCCACUGCUGCCAUACACCCAGAUUUGAUUUGCUACACGUUUGGAAGCUUGAUUGUCUGGGUUUCAUUGUUUGCUGCAUUUAAAGAAAGGCUCAUCAAAGCACAUCCAUGGGUACCGUAUGUAACAUCAUGUGCAGCGAUUUUCACGCUCAUAGUGACCGAUAUAAUGAUACCACUCUAUCAUGCUGUAGUAUCUUUCAUGAACCCUCCCCUACGGCCGUCAUAUGCCAGUCAUAUAAUAUUCGCAAUUUACAUCUUUCUACCACUUAGCGAAAAUAUUCAUGUAAUCAUUUUAGGUGGUGCUACUACCAUAUGUUAUUUAAUAAUAAUGGCUUUGAUUUCAUAUCGUCUGGAACAAGAUAUGCUCAUCAAAGUAGUAACAGAGCUGAUUUACUUUUUAUGUCUUAAUUUAUUUGGAUUAUAUUUUCGCCUAAUAAACGAAGUGGCCAUUCGACGCACAUUUCUGGACCGCAGGGAGUUAGUUGAAGGGAAUCUUCUUUUGAAAUUUGCAAGAAAUCAAGAGAAAGAACUGUUGUUGAGUAUUCUACCGGAACACACAGCUGAAUUAAUGGAAAAAGACAUAAGAGUCAUGAUUGAAAAAAUGCGCAGUGGUCAUAACAACAAUAUCAACAUGCAAAACUUUUUCAGAACUGGGACUCAAUGGCGAUCUAUAAACAAACUAUACGUGCAAAAGCAUACAAAUGUAACAAUUCUAUAUGCGGAUGUGGUCAACUAUACAUAUAUUACCACUCAGUUACCGGUUAAAGCUCUGGUUGAUGUUCUCCAUGAACUAUUUGUCAAAUUCGAUGAAGCGGCAAAAGAGUUUAAUGUGUUGAGGAUAAAAUUUUUGGGUGAUUGUUAUUACUGCGUUUCGGGCGUGCCCAUCAAGAAUAAAUACCAUGCAAAAAGCUGUGUUGAUCUAGGACUACGCAUGAUUAAGGAUAUUCGAGAUGUAAGAAUGUCAAGAGAUCUUAACAUAGAUAUGCGAAUCGGCAUACACUCCGGAAGCAUUAUUUCUGGCGUGAUAGGAGCAUGCAAAUGGCAGUACGAUAUUUGGUCCAGAGAUGUAAUCAUAGCAAAUAAGAUGGAAUCAACUGGAGAAGCUGGUAAAGUGCACGUUACAAUGCAAACAUUGGAAUUGUUGGACGGGGAAUACAUUUACGAAGACGGUACGGAUAAAGCUAAGUCCGACCCAAUUCUAGUGAAGCACAACAUACAAACGUUCCUCAUAGUACCUCAAUUUUCAGAUGAUAAUAAUUAUUUCGCAUUGUCGGAUUCUGCAACAAGUAGCCGAUUGUCGGUCGGAGUCAAACGAAAAACUAUCCAAAUCAAGAAAGAUCGAAGUCAAGUAACUCGAAACUUCAUGCAAAACUCAAUGGAACAAUUCCGAGAAAUAAUGAAACAAACCAACGUCGAAAUGGCAAAGGAAUUAGAUCGUAUGCCAAUAGGAAAAUUUCAAUUCAACAAAAUAUUUUCAACCAGCCGCCAUACAACGCAGCAGCAAGCAUCAACGACAGCACACUACUCGAAUGCAUAUACUAAUAGCGACACGAUCAGCGAUAGUCGUUUGGAUAAUAUAUCUACUUUUUUCAUGUGCUUCGAAAAUAAACGCUGGGAGUGGCUAUACAUGAAAGAGCCAGAUCUUAUGCUUAAGUACAGUGUGCUUAUGAGCUUUAUAGUUUUUGUCUGCAUUUUUUUAAUACAGGUUUUUGACAAUGCGUCUGGAUUCUAUUUUUGGAUGAUAAUGCUGUUUACUGGAUUAGUGUUGUUUUGUUUCAUACCGAUUACAUGGUUUAAAAAACUCUGGGAUAUAUACACGCCAUAUUCAUCGGAGGAUUUGCUCCGCAUUCGAAAACCAAGAAACCUGGUUCUGCGAAAGAUGUACGAUUUUUCAAACAGUGUAAUGGGAAGUUUUGCAUUUCGAACAAUUAUUUAUCUCGUAACAAUCGUAAUUUUAGUUACCUGUUCUUUAGUUUAUUUGAUUGAAUGCAACUAUGAUAUCAUUGACAGAGGUGUGCAGGAAAAUUACAACGAAACUAUGUACAAAGAAUCACUCGUCGAAAAAGCAUUCUGCUCGAACUCAUGGUCUGUUAGCCAGUGUCUCACACUUGCCAUUGGGAUGGCAUUCUUGUUCCUACGAGUUCACUAUCUUCUCAAAGUAGUGUGUGGAUUAGCAAUCCUUCUGUUCUAUUCAUGGGCUAUAUUUGACGAGCUAUACUAUAUUUACGACAAUAGCGCCAGCAUGAACCCAGGAAUGAAUCCCAAAGUGGCACAUCUACUAUUAGUAGUCUUUACUGUAAUAAUUUUUCAUUGGAUUGACCGACAAUCGGAAUACAUUGCUCGAGUUGACUAUAACUGGAAAAGGCAACUAUUAAAACAAAAAGAAGAAGCAGAAGUCACCAAGCAAACUAAUAAAAUCCUUGUAGAAAACAUUCUACCUACACAUGUUGCUGAAAUUUACAUCAAUCGUCAACUGAAAAAUGAAUUCUACAAUGAGGAGUAUAAAAAUGUUGCAGUUAUGUUUGCAACAAUUACAAACAUGGAAAUAAACACGGAUAUCGCGGUAGAAAACGAGAAAAGUGUCUUGAAAGUAUUGAACGAGAUCAUUUGUGACUUUGAUGAAAAGUUACAAUACUUUGAUGGCUAUUUGAAAGUGGAGAAAAUAAAAGUUGCAGGGUGGACAUAUAUGGCAGCAUGUGGGCUUGAUCCUGGUCGAUGUGACUCAUCAUCUUCACUAGGACCAUAUCGUUCAGUUUCCGGUAUCACACGCACAUCUCUGAUGACCAAUGGUAGAAGAAGUUUAAAUCCUAGAACAUCAGAUAUAUCCCCACAGCUUCCUCGUAGAAAUAAUUCCAGUACGAGGCACAGCAACAACGUAACAAUUGUUAUGACUGAAUUUGCGCUAGAACUGAUGAAGGUUUUGCGCGACUUUAGCAUUGAAAAUUUUAAGCAAACGAAUCCUGGCUUGUUGAGAGUUGGUAUUUCGAAUGGGAAAGUAAUGGCUGGAGUUGUUGGCUCAAGUAAACCUCUAUACGAUAUAUGGGGAAAUGCCGUGAACAUGGCAUCCAGGAUGGAUUCUACAGGAGUUCCUGGGCGAAUCCAAGUGACUAAGGAAAGCGCAGAAAUUCUUCAGAGUUACGGAUUUCAAUGUGAAUAUAGAGGCCAAAUAUUCGUUAAAGGAAGAGGAAAAAUUCCGACCUAUUUCGUAAAUGUUAAUGAUAGUUAUGAACUCAUCAAAAGCACAACAGCAGAUAAUAUUUCAACCAAACUAUAAAAAUCAGCAG